UGUGUCCCACCAUGGCGUUCACUGGCACCUGGCAGAUCUACGCUCAGGAGAACCUCGAGCCCUUCCUCAAGGCCCUGGGGUUGCCAGAUGACACCAUCAAAAUGGCCAAAGAUAUUAAGCCUGUUGUUGAAAUACAACAAAAAGGCAACGACUUUGUUGUGACAUCCAAAACACCCAACAAAUCUGUAACCAACUCGUUUACAAUUGGCAAAGAGGCUGACAUCACCACCAUGGAUGGCAGGAAGCUAAAGGUAAAGCAUUCCAAGAAUAGGACAAUUCUUUAUUUAUCCUUAAACCUCAGUUUGUGCGUGAGUGGAAUAUGUUUGUACCAUUUCCAUUUGCAAAUAUUUCUAUCACUUUAACAAAAAGAAAUGUUC